CAUAUUACGCUCAUUGCUCUGCGUUACUUUGUCCACAGAAUGCAUUUUUAUAGACUUUGUCUUUUUGCCCAAAACAUGCAGUAAAGUAAUUUGAAUAAGUGUGUCUGUUUAUCAAUAAAAUAAAAUGGAUGAAGUUGCUAAAUUAGAACAUUUAUCCCUUGUUUCAAAAGUAUGCACUGAAUUAGACAAUCACUUGGGUUUAAAUGAUAAGGAUUUAGCUGAGUUUAUAAUAGAUUUAGCUGACAAGAAUCCAAAUUUUGAUGAUUUCAAAAAGGCUUUGAUUGAAAAUGGGGCUGAAUUUUCUGAUUCGUUCAUGACAAACCUGCUGCGCAUCAUCCAGCACAUGAAGCCAGCAAACACCUCUUCUACCUCCAAUGAGACGGAAAGUAAUAAGGAUCCAUUGGCAUGCAAAUUUCCCGGAUUGGCAAUACCUAAUGAGAAACCACCUCUGUUUUCAUCGGAUGAUGAUAGCAGUGAAGAGGAAGAUGAUAAAAAAAUGAAAAGGAUAACUUCCAAGGAUGUGUUUAAAGAUGAGUCGAAAUCUAGAAAUAAUGAUGCUGUGGUGGAUGCAGCCAUGGCAGAAUUAGAGGCUCUUGCUCCUAAAUCUGAUCUCAAAACUACUUUCACUGCUAAAUCUGAACCCAAAAAGGAGGAUAUGGUCAAAGACAAAGAUCACAGUCGUAAAAGAGAAGGUUCUAGAGAAAGAAGAAGUAGACGUAGUAAGAGUAGAGGUAGAAGAAGCAGAAGUAGAGAUAAGAGAAGUCGAAGUAGAGAUAGGAAAAGAAGGUCUAGAAGCCGACAUCGACAGAGGUCCCGUUCAAGGGAUAGACACAGGUCAAAAUCAAGGGAAAGGCGUAGGUCUAAGUCUAGAGAAAGACAACGGUCUAGAGAUAGGCGAGAUAGGCGUAGGAGGUCAAAGUCAAGAGAGAGGAGGUCGAAAUCUCACGAAAGGAGAUCAAGGUCAAGAGGAAGAAGGUCAAAGUCACGCGGCAGAGAGGAGAAGUAUACUGAUUACACAAAGAAGCCUAGGAGACGCAGUCCUGAGGUUGAAAUGAGUGACGACCCUGAGCCUGGAAAAAUUUAUAAUGGCAGAGUGGCAAAUAUAGUGCCAUUUGGGUGUUUUGUGCAAAUAGAAGGUGUGAGGAAGCGAUGGGAGGGAUUAGUCCACAUAUCUCAGCUCAGGUCUGAGGGUAGAGUCACCAAUGUGUCUGAUGUUGUCUCCAGAGGGGACAAGGUUAAGAUCAAAGUGCUGUCAGUGACAGGUCAGAAGGUCUCCCUCACCAUGAAGGAUGUGUGCCAGGAGACUGGCAAAGAUUUGAAUCCCACAUCACACGCACAUCUGGAGGCGGAGCGGUCGGGCCGCAACCCGGACCGGCCGCCGGCCGCGGCCGCCGUGCUGGCCGGGCUGCAGGGCCUCGACCCCGACGAGGACUCCAGCCGCAAGCGCGUCACCAGGGUCUCCAGCCCCGAGCGCUGGGAGAUCAAGCAGAUGAUAUCAUCUGGAGUCAUAGAUAAAAGCGAGCUGCCAGACUUCGACGAGGAGACGGGUCUACUACCAAAAGAUGAAGACGGGGAAGCGGACAUCGAAAUAGAACUAGUCGAAGACGAGCCUCCGUUCCUUCAGGGUCACGGCCGGGCCUUGCAUGACCUGUCUCCAGUCAGGAUUGUGAAGAACCCUGACGGCUCCUUGGCACAAGCGGCUAUGAUGCAGUCCGCUUUAGCUAAAGAGAGAAGAGAACAGAAGAUGAUCCAACGCGAGCAAGAGAUGGAAAGCUUACCGACUGGAUUGAACAAAAACUGGAUAGAUCCGCUCCCGGAGUCUGAUGGGCGGGCGUUGGCUGCGAACAUGAGGGGCACCGGCAUCACACCCCAGGACCUACCGGAGUGGAAGAAGCACGUGAUUGGCGGGAAGAAGUCGUCGUUCGGGAAGAAGACGAACCUGUCGCUGCUGGAGCAGAGGCAGUCGCUGCCCAUUUACAAGCUGAGAGACGAAUUGACUAAGGCCGUGGCCGACAACCAGAUCCUCAUAGUGAUCGGGGAGACCGGGUCCGGCAAGACGACCCAGAUCACGCAGUACCUCGCGGAGUGCGGACUCACAGCGCGCGGCAAGAUCGCCUGCACGCAGCCGCGCAGGGUCGCCGCCAUGUCCGUGGCCAAGCGCGUGGCCGAGGAGUUCGGCUGCCGCCUGGGGCAGGAGGUCGGCUACACCAUCCGCUUCGAGGACUGCACCAGCCCCGAGACUGUCAUCAAGUACAUGACAGACGGCAUGUUGCUCCGCGAGUGCCUCAUGGACCUGGACCUCAAGUCGUACUCCGUGAUCAUGCUGGACGAGGCGCACGAGCGCACCAUACACACCGACGUACUGUUCGGUCUCCUUAAGCAAGCCGUUCAGAAACGACCCGAACUCAAACUCAUCGUCACCUCAGCCACUUUGGAUGCCGUGAAAUUCUCACAGUACUUCUUCGAAGCCCCCAUCUUCACGAUCCCAGGAAGAACUUUCCCCGUUGAAGUCCUGUACACCAAAGAACCUGAAACGGAUUACCUAGACGCCUCAUUGAUCACAGUAAUGCAGAUACAUUUGAGGGAACCGCCCGGUGAUAUCUUGUUGUUCUUGACCGGUCAAGAAGAAAUCGAUACGGCUUGUGAAAUUUUGUAUGAAAGGAUGAAGUCGUUGGGCCCUGAUGUGCCGGAGCUGAUCAUUCUGCCAGUGUAUUCUGCGUUGCCGUCGGAAAUGCAGACAAGGAUAUUCGAGCCAGCGCCCCCUGGCUCGAGGAAGGUGGUGAUCGCCACCAAUAUUGCCGAGACGUCGCUGACCAUAGACGGGAUUUACUACGUGGUGGACCCGGGAUUUGUGAAGCAGAAAGUGUACAAUUCUAAGACUGGGAUGGAUUCAUUGGUUGUCACUCCAAUUUCACAGGCGGCGGCGAAGCAGAGGGCGGGUCGGGGCGGACGCACGGGUCCGGGCAAGUGCUACCGACUGUACACGGAGCGCGCCUACCGCGACGAGAUGUUGCCCACGCCCGUGCCCGAGAUACAGCGCACCAACCUCGCCACCACGGUGCUGCAGCUGAAGACGAUGGGCAUCAAUGACCUCCUCCACUUCGACUUCAUGGACGCGCCGCCCGUGGAGUCCCUCAUCAUGGCGCUGGAGCAGCUGCACUCUCUGUCCGCGCUGGACGCAGAGGGGCUGCUGACGAGGCUCGGCCGCAGGAUGGCGGAGUUCCCCCUGGAGCCGAACCUGUCCAAGAUUCUCAUCAUGUCAGUGGCGCUGCAGUGCUCCGAUGAGAUCCUCACCAUCGUGUCUAUGCUCAGCGUGCAAAAUGUCUUCUAUCGACCCAAGGACAAGCAAGCUCUAGCCGAUCAGAAGAAAGCGAAGUUCAACCAGCCCGAGGGUGACCACCUCACGCUGCUGGCCGUGUACAACAGCUGGAGGAACAACAAGUUCUCUAACGCGUGGUGCUACGAGAACUUCGUGCAGAUCCGCACGCUGAAGCGCGCUCAGGACGUCAGGAAACAGCUGCUGGGCAUCAUGGACAGACACAAGCUGGACGUGGUGUCGGCGGGCAAGAAUACGGUGCGGAUCCAGAAGACGAUCUGCUCGGGGUUCUUCCGGAACGCGGCCAAGAAGGAUCCGCAGGAGGGGUACCGCACGCUGGUGGACUCACAGGUGGUCUACAUUCACCCCUCCAGCGCGCUCUUCAACCGGCAGCCUGAAUGGGUAAUUUACCACGAGCUGGUACAGACUACCAAGGAAUACAUGCGCGAAGUCACCACCAUCGAUCCGAAGUGGCUGGUUGAGUUCGCGCCAGCGUUCUUCAAGUUCUCUGACCCUACUAAACUGUCCAAAUUCAAGAAGAACCAGCGGCUAGAACCCCUGUACAACAAGUACGAGGAACCCAACGCUUGGAGAAUAUCUAGGGUUCGCAGAAGGAGAAAUUAAAUAUUAUUUAUGAUAAUUAAAUUUUAAUAUUAACAAUG